AUGGCCACCAUCCAAACAAAGAAAAAUCAACAACAACAAAAAUUAGUCAUGCCAAAUUCUAUGAAACAAUAUCAUCUCCAACUCUUACAAUCUCUCCAAUCAUCAUCAUCAUCAUCAUUUCAGCAAAUCGAUGGAUCAACAAUAUGGACACAACAAUCACAAUUACUGACACAAGUCGUUAAUCGCAUUCGACGAUCAACCACAACUUGGCUCUUUUCUCAAGUAUUUCAACAAGAACAUAAUUUGGUCAAAUAUUUUACCUCAUUUCGACAAUUGUUUUUACUUGGCGAUGGUGACUUGGCUGUUAAAUGGUUGGAAGGAUUACAAUAUAUUUCUCUCUCAUCCUCUUCUAGUCCUGGCAAACGACGACGACGACGACAAGAAGAAGAAGGGGAAUCCUUAUCUCAAACGGACAUGAAGGAUCAUCAUCAUAUGGAUAUAUGGCAACAACAAAAACGAGAAUGGCGUGCAUUGCUGGUCAAGGCAUCCAUUGGUACUGAUAGUGAAGAUCAAUUGGAUGGAUAUACAUUUGAUACUUUUGAUACAAAGGAUACAUUUGAAAGUUUAUUGGCAAUAGAUGAAGAUGAAGAUCAUCAUCAUUAUGGUGGAAGAUUGGUGUAUACGCUACAAUGGCCCAUUGAUUUGUUUCUUGGUGAACAGGACAUGGCUCGUUAUAGUUCUCUAUGGUCCUUCUUGAUGGGUUUGAAAAAGGUUCAGAUGGCUCUCUCUCAUGUUUUUACAACUACGACGGCGGAUCAAGGUCAAGUAGAAGUCGAAGGACAAGAAGACGAUGAAGAUGAUGAUGAUCCUGGAGAACGAUUGAUUUGGAGAUUAAGAUCUAUGAUGUUAUUUUGGAUUGAUACAUUAUGGAGUCACGUUCAGGGGAAUGUGAUCACAAGACAUUACGAUCAAUUGAUGAUGGCGUGCCAACCAACAACAUCUUCAACAGUACCUCUUGAUUUUGACAAGGUUCAAGAAGCACAUGAACAUUAUUUGAUGGAAUUAACACGUGGAUGUCUAUUAUCAACAACAGAAUGUAGAAAAGCAUUGAUCAUCUUAUUACAAACAUGUAUGAACUUUUGCAACAUGGUACGGAAUGAAGCACCUUUGAAGAAAAAGAAGAAAAAAAUCAAUAAAAAACCAAUGUCGGCUGCAGAGAUCGUUAGUACUUGGACAAGACAACUUGAUACUACUGGAUCAACGGCAAGAAUGGAACAACUAUCGAUAUUGGAAGAGACAUUUACACAAAAUUCGGAUCACUUAUUUGACUUGCUCUCAAAUCAACAACAAGAUAUGAAAAUCAGUGGGCAUUUAACUGAAUUAUUAAUGCGUUUGGAUUACAACAAAUGGUAUUCUGGUCAACGAUACAAACACAUACCCGAUCCUUUAGAUUAUUAG